CUGCCCCACUGCCCCCCCUAUCCAUAGGGGUGAGCCCAAGACGUGGUACGGGGUCCCGUCGUUCGCGGCCGAGCACCUGGAGGAGGUGAUGAAGAAACUGACCCCGGAGCUAUUUGAAUCCCAGCCUGAUCUCCUUCAUCAGUUGGUCACUAUCAUGAACCCCAACACCCUCAUGGCCCACGGGGUCCCGGUGGUGAGGACCAACCAAUGCGCGGGGGAGUUUGUUAUCACGUUCCCACGCGCGUAUCACAGCGGCUUCAACCAGGGCUACAACUUCGCCGAGGCCGUCAACUUCUGCACCGCGGAUUGGGUGAGAAACGGCCCAAACUGA